AAAAACUCCUGCUCGCUCAGACCCGCCAGCGCCAGGCAGAAGUCAAAGCUCGUUUCCUUUCCAAGACCAGAGGUACGAUGCCAAGGUCUUUCUUGGUGAAGAAACACCUCACCAACAAGAAGCCUGACUAUGGUGUGUUGGACUCAAAAAAACACGAGAUGAUUCAUAAUGAAUCUUCAAACUCCAAACUCAAAACGCUGCACCCCCAUCAGAAUAUGUUUCCUGUGCCGUGUUAUGGGAACUCCGCUGGGUGGAUGAACCCUAUCAGUUCUGACAUUUACAUGCCUCCACAGCACCCAAGCCUGCCCAUUGAUGACCCAAUUCUGGGUCUCACUUACCCCUUACCUGCGCCAUCCAGUCCCCUUCGAGACAUGCGGCCUGCGCUCUCAAUGCUGGAGCAUACAGAUCCAAGCUCACUUCAGCUUUCCCACAGAGACCUUCAUGAAAAAGUGCCUGUGUCCCCUUUAGGACUGACAACCACUGGCAACAGUCAGGAACACAGCGAUGAGUGUUUUGACUGCCAGAAAGCUUACCUGUCCUUCUCUAAUCUGGCCAACCAGAGGCAGGUCCACUGUCAGUGGCCAUGCCAUAAGUACUUUACCUGCAAGUAUUGUGAAAAGGAGUAUGUGAGUUUGGGUGCACUGAAGAUGCACAUUCGCACACACACGCUUCCAUGUGUGUGCAAGCUUUGUGGAAAGGCCUUCUCCAGGCCCUGGCUACUUCAGGGACACAUUCGCACUCACACAGGUGAGAAACCAUUCACGUGCCCCCACUGCAGUCGUGCGUUUGCUGACCGCUCAAAUCUUCGGGCUCAUCUACAAACCCACUCUGAGAUCAAGAAAUAUCAGUGCAGAAACUGCUUUAAAACCUUCUCCAGGAUAUCACUCCUGACCAAGCAUGAGGAGGCUGGGUGCUGUCCCAUGUCCUAGGAUACUUUGGGCAAUAGUACCAAAAUUUGUUAACACAGUCUCGCAAGUGCCUCAUGACUCAAUCAUCUGACUGAUUCACUGUAUGCUCUUGAAUUUAAGGCAAAUUAUGAAGCAGAGUAAGCUGAACACACUCAAAAGUAGAUGUUUGUUGUUUGUUCAGACUACUUCUUUAAAAUAUGAGCUUAAACAGCACAAUUCUGGAGUUUGAUUUGGGACAACUUAAUUAUUUUAAGUUUAAUGUAUUUAAAGUGGUAACAGAUAAUUCCUUCAUGUUGUCCCAACACAAAUCAAUUGUGUGUGAAACCCAGCAUUUUUUACAUGUGUGAUACUUGUUAUUGUUGUAGCUGUUAUGGUUUUGUAAUGAAGGAAUUUCACAAACAAUAAAAUAAUAUUUUUCUUAUAA